AUGACACCCAGUCCUCCAGAUGAGGCGCUACAUUUUCGUGGGAAGACUCUGACGCCGGAGAGUCCCCGUCCGCUCCAUAUUCCGGAGCCGUCGAAUAUCCCCGUCCUGGAAAAUCAGAUGGACCCCAUCUUCAACGAUACCUCGACGUAUGAGAAAUCCGCAGCCAACCCCAAAGAUGGACUGCCCUAUCAGUUUACCCAAGAUGGCGGAAUAUAUGAAGAUGCCAAUGAGUACCAUAGCCGAAGUGAAGGAACAACUCAAAAGCCAGGUAGUUACCACCCCAACUACUCCACCCCCUCUGCCAUAGAAUAUCAGCAGCAAACCCUGAAUCCCACUGCUCGUACUGAGCCAGGCGCUGUUCAUUACCCCCAAAGUCAACCAUUGGCCAAUGAGAACCCCAACAGCCCCAAUAAGGCAUUGACACAGCUAGUCCAAUCUGGUGGAGGUAUAAAUGCUGCAGGUAACAACGUAGCGGCUGAGGCAGGGGUUGACUUUCAAAGCCUGUUGGAUAAUAUAUCUACGUCUGCUUCUACUGCUCUCCCUGAUUCUAUGGCUGCUGCCGCCUCCUCGCCUUCAAAUAAUCCCAUCAUCCAACAACAAAAGCCAAUCAAUGCGUUGUCAACGUCGGCAGAUCUUCCACCACGACCUCCGCCUCAAGAUGCGUCCGCGCUCCAAUUCGAUUAUACUUCAGCUAAUGAUAUUCAUGAUUACCACCAAAUCCUUGCCCAGAAUCCCAAUCAAGCAGGUGCUUAUGCACCACACCAGCAAGGUGGUCAUCUUAAUUCUUCCGCAGUAGCUCCCGGUGUACCUCCAGGCACGACUUCAGGGGCAAGUGGACUACCACCCCCUCCUGUAGCGACAUUCCAACAUCAGUCUCAACAGAACCAAGCAGUUGCUUCUGAAGCUGUUAGCCAAGCUAGCCAUAAAGGCUCAAGGGCUGAAAGAUAUGGUGGACGCGCUGGCAGUGGUGCAGAUGACGAGGCGCCAUGGGGUCCUGAGGUUCAAAAGAUAUAUGACGAAUUUCUUCGAGAUGAACGGGUGUAUGUUACCGAAGGCUUGUGGGAUCGUUUUCCUCCUGGGUCCAGGCUUUUUGUUGGAAAUCUCCCAACAGAGCGGGUCACGAAACGUGACUUAUUCCAUGUGUUCCAUAAAUAUGGAAAACUUGCCCAGAUAUCUAUCAAGCAGGCCUACGGUUUUAUCCAGUUCCUUGACUCGAGCUCAUGCUACCAAGCCCUGCAAGCAGAACAAGGUGGCCUUGUGAGGGGGAGGAAUAUUCACCUUGAAAUUUCAAAGCCCCAAAAGAAUACCCGGGCCGGACCAAGUCAAUCCGACUCAACUCGAGCCUCUGUUUCUAGACGGUCUAGGUCACCGGAGUACUCCCGAGGCCCAAACACGAAUAGUCGUGGAGCCCGAAACCAGGCUGGAGACCGUCAUGAUCGUGGUUAUGACUCUAAAAGAGUACCAUUCAGUGACUUCAGAGAUGAGCAUAACUCCCGACGUCGUGACGAUUACCGGCCUCCGAGAUCUCCAUCACCGCGCGGAUUUCGCACCCGGGAAGGGGGUUUCCGUUCAAGAGAUCGAACCCCAGAAAGAUUUGACCGACGUGACAGACGCAGAUCACGAUCUCCUUACGGGAGGGACCGUCGCUUUCGGAGUCCUAGCCCUCGCGGCAGACCAUACGAUGCGGAACAUGACCUUUCUUUUUCGCGCCGUCCACCAAGAGAGUUACCAGAUCUGCAGAUCUUAGCUUUUGAUGACGUUGACAAGAAAUUCGUCUAUCAUGUGGAAGGUUCGUUUAAAACCCGAGGACUUCGAGUCGACGUAUCUAUUGAACCUCCCGCGUAUAUGGAUACGGCAGUACAAAGACAAAUGAACGAAGGAGUACCCGCAGUCGUGAAAAUUUCGAGAAACCAACAGUACUCGAGCAAAGUAACCUUGCUAACCUUUGAUCGCACCGCUGGGAGUAGCAAGCCUCGCCUGAAUGAAUACCCAGACUUGGAUUUGCAUCUUGCUGUAGAAAUGACUGUGCACGCCCAAUCUCUCCGACGAGCUGGCGGUGCUACAAACCUCUAUCAACCAAAUAUUCCAUUCACUGUGCCGGCAAUGAUGAAUCAAUUUCCCCAGGCACUUCCACAGGCGCAGCCAGUGAACCCAAAUGUUGCAAAUCCCAAUCAGUUCGCAAAUCUCAUUUCGACGCUUGACGGACCAUCACUCCAAUCACUCUUAGGUGCACUCCAACAAGCGCAGUCGGCGUCUCAUUCAACCCCGCAAUCAAUCCCCAUUGCACCCAACGCUGUCAACCCGGUUGAUCUCGCCAGCCUUCUCAACAGUGCAACUCACCAACAAAAUCCGCUACCUACAAUGACAAAUCCCGGUACGCGUCAGCCUCAGCCACCUCCAUCAUUUGGCUUACCGAUACCUCCUCAACCUGCCAACCGUGCAGAUCCAAAUCUACUUGCGCUUUUGGCGAAGGGGCUGAGUAGUGGAAAUCCCUCCCAAAACCAAGCUGCAGUUGGCUCUCAGGUCCAAAGCAUUGUCAAUCAGUUAUCCAAAUGGAAGCAGUAG